UACUAAUUUGGGGUUUAUUUCUCAAAUUACCAAAUCUCCAUCGUGCCCUAGUUUUUUUAUUUUCCCCCAAAUUCAACCAUCACUAUCACACACCUUCAAUUUCGAUCUGAACCCCCCCACCACCACCACCACCACCAUGGCCACCGCCUACGAUCCGCCGUUCUUCAUCAUGCCGCCGCCUCUCAGCCCUUCGUGGCCGCCGGUGGAAGCCAAUUUCGACAAUUCCAAAAAACCUAUCUCGAUCCGCUCAGUCUGGUACACAAACCUAGAGUACGAGUUCGCCCUAAUCGCCGCCAUCAUCGACGAAUUCUCCUAUGUUUCGAUGGACACCGAGUUUCCCGGCAUAGUCGUCCGCCACCACCACCCCUACUCCGACCCCCUCGACCACUACCAAACCCUGAAAUCCAAUGUCGACGCGCUCAAGCUAAUUCAGGUGGGGAUCACGCUCUCCGACUCGUUCGGGAAUCUCCCGGACCUCGGAUUCACCGACCGCCGCUUCAUCUGGGAGUUCAAUUUCCGCGACUUCGACAUCGCGCGUGACGACCACGCGCCGAACUCGAUUGACCUCCUCCGCCACCAGGGGAUCAACUUCGAGUCCACCCGCAAGUUCGGCGUCCCCACCUCCCGUUUCGCUGAGCUAAUGAUGUCGUCGGGCUUGCUGUGCAACGAUAACGUCACCUACAUCACAUUCCACAGCGGCUACGACUUCGGGUAUCUCAUCAAGGCCAUAACCGGGCAGGCCCUGCCCGAGACCCUGCCCGAGUUCCUGAACUUGCUCAGGGUCAUUUUCGGUAACAGGGUUUACGAUGUGAAGCAUUUGAUGAAAUUCUGUCAGGGCCUGCAUGGUGGGUUGGAUCGGGUGGCGCAUUCGCUCGGUGUGUACCGUGUUGUUGGGAAGUGCCACCAGGCCGGGUCCGAUAGCCUGCUGACGUGGCAUGCUUUUGAGAAGAUAAGAGCAGUCUACUUUGACAAUGGUGAGAAAGAUGGUGUGCUGGACAAGUAUGCCGGCGUGCUGUAUGGGUUAGAGAUCCUUGGUCUAUAAUUGGCUUCUCUAGUUUAGAUGUAUUGAAGUUUAUUUUUCUAUGAUAAUUUUUGGUGUUAUUCCAGUUGUACAAUAAUUCCGUUGAAUUAGUAAAGCCAAUCCUUUUCUGAUUGGUUAUUUUCUUCUUUUUU